AGAAUUCUUCCUUUGAUAUGGCGUCCAUGAGACCAGACUCCUUUUUUAGAGGACGUACUGCGACUAGCACUCCUCUACAGCGCUCUAGCGUUGGGAGCAGUGGUCAGGAGGAGACUGUUGUUGUCACUUCGAGAGAAGUGAACUCUUUGAUGGACUCAAAUGCCAGCAUUUURAACAAGAUCAAAGAGCAAGCGAAGGUGCUAGAUGCGGUAACCAAAACGCAGAAAGAAAUCUUGAAGGUCAUAGCAGAGAUCAACGAAAAAAUARACGAGUUUGAACCGCCAGAACAUGAAGCAGAUCAGGACGAUAAACUGCCGCCAUUGCUCUCGAGCCAAGUACACUUGGUAUACAGCCAAUUGACAGAAAAUGAAGCUUUCAAGCCACAAGAAAGUUUGAUCYCUGCUCAUAAUGCCUCAGUACGCCAGUUCUUGGAGGAGCAGAUARGUGCUAAGGAAGGAGGAUUCUCAAAAAGACAAAUUAAAAAAGCUGUCUCAAGAUAUUAUGAGACUAAAAGAAAACAGUAUUUACAAGGCCUACCGCGAAACCAAGAGCGCACAGAAAGARCUCUUGAGGUCAACAAACUCAGAUCACGAAGAAAAAGGCUAUAUAAUUCAAGAGUCAAAGUGGCAGAUGGAGAAGAUGCAGAAAGCAUCAAGUCACUGACAUAUGAGUAUGUCAGUGACGAGGAAGAUGGUGAGGRCGAUGAUGAAGGGAAGUGGGUUGUGAGGCCUCCAGCAUGGCGAUCACGAGAGGCAUCAGAUCUCAUGCAGAGGCUUCAGGCCAAGGUYGAUAGAUUAAACAAAAGACCGAAAGUGUUCAGAGUCCGGGGAGACAACUCUGAUAGAGGAAGACCAAGUGCCACAACAACUUGGGCUGUUAGACGUGUUGCAUCAACACCAACAAAGUCACCAGGAACAUCACGAAAUGCAUCAACACCAACAAGUUCACAAGUACCAUCAAGAAAUGCUUCCACAAGAUCACCAGGCCAAUCAAGGCAAGCAUCACGUCGAUCAAGAUCACCAGCAGUAACAUCAAGGUAUUUAAAGCAGUCACAAGCAAUUUAA